CUCUUGCACAAAUCAUUGCCGGUUGCCUGACCAGUCCAAUGCGUGUACAUCCACUGGGUCUGGUGGGGGGUUUUGGGCUCAGGCAGAGAGCGCUCUUUAGCUCGUGCCACAAGGGGUUAUUUACAAUGAUGUAUCAGCAAAACAGCAAAGCAUUUCAAAGUUGUGGUUUUGCUGUAUAGUCGACUCAUUUCCAGUCAAAUGAACUUUUGCGCUUAAUGGCACGAAUACUGAAGCUGUCUUGUUGCAAGAAGGAGUUUAGCGAGUGCCAAUUGGAAUUUACCGGUGGAGCUCCAUGGGGUACUUUUUGUUUUAAUUUUUUACAAUUGUUGGUUAUCCGGUGAUUUGAACGUCUGAUUCUUAAGUCUAUAUGGGAACAUUCAUUCUUAUCGUACAUUUACGUCUUUGAGACUUGCGUUGAAUAGGCUAAAUGAUAAAGAUAAAAAAAAUAGUGUUUACGGACUGACGCGUCUGUCGGUGCAGUUUCAGCAGAAAUAUUGGCAACGGGAAUUGUAUUCCUAACGAACAAUAAAGGAAAUAAGAAUUGUAUGCACAUACUAUUCGAGGAACCCUGCUUGGAUGGUGUUGCGGUGUUUAUAUGGAUUGGUUUGAGUAAAAUUGUAAAUCAUUUGGCCACAGAGCAGGCUACAGAUUAAAGCUUCAACAUGUAUGCUGGACGGAAGAGACGAAAACCGGUGCAGAGGGGUGUGAAACAGACCCCAUCAGAGGGGGGCAAGUCCAACCCUUCCAAGCGACACCGGGAUCGACUCAACUCUGAAUUGGACAGGCUGGCGAGUCUUCUGCCCUUUCCAGAUGAGGUCACCUCCAGUUUGGAUAAACUGUCUAUACUACGUCUUAGUGUCAGUUACCUGCGAACCAAGAACUUCUUCUCAGUUGCUCUGAAGACUCACGCUUGCAAGGGGUCGACGCCUAACAGCGAUAGCCAUGACAACAGCAAAGCGACACGAUUGGUGGACGGUUGGAUGCCUGAGGGUGAACUCCUUCUGCAGGCUCUCAACGGGUUUGUUCUUGUCAUCACAGCAGAGGGAAUCAUCUUCUACUCGUCUCACACCAUCCAGGAUUACCUGGGCUUCCACCAGACGGACGUGAUGCACCAGAGUGUGUUUGAGCUCAUCCACACUGAGGACCAGCAGGAGUUCAGGAGGAACCUGCACUGGGCUCUCAACCCUCCUGCCCUGGCCCAGCCAGAGCCCUCCCUGCCAGACGAAGAGCCUCUCCCCAGCUCGGCCUUGGUCACCUACAACCCUGACCAGCUUCCUCCUGAGAACUCCUCCUUCCUGGAGAGAAGCUUCGUCUGUCGCUUCCGCUGUCUCCUAGACAACUCCUCGGGCUUCCUGGCACUGAGCCUCCAGGGCAGGCUGAAGUUCCUACACGGGCAAAACCAGAGGCUUGACGACGGGGGCAACGUGCCCCCCCAGCUGGCCUUGUUUGCUAUCGCCACCCCCCUCCAGCCCCCCUCCAUCCUGGAGAUCCGCUCUAAGAACAUGAUCUUCAGGACCAAACACAAGCUGGACUUCACCCCAAUGGCCUGCGACGCCAAGGGUAAAAUAGUGUUGGGCUACACGGAGGCGGAGUUGAAGGUUCGAGGAACCGGCUACCAGUUCAUCCACGCGGCGGACAUGCUCUACUGCGCCGAGAACCACGUCCGGAUGAUCAAGACAGGAGAGAGUGGACUGACUGUGUUCAGACUGCUCACUAAGGACAACCGCUGGAAGUGGGUCCAGGCCAACGCCAGGCUCGUUUAUAAGAACGGAAAGCCGGACUACAUCAUCGCCACCCAGAGGCCCCUCGUUGAGGAGGAGGGAGGGGAGCACCUGAGGAAGCGCUCCAUGCACCUCCCCUUCACCUUUGCCACGGGAGAGGCCCUGCUCUACCAGACCAGCUACCCCAUCCACGGCCUCGCCGACUCCCUGCAGGGCAAAGGCAAGAGCGGCAAAUCCAAGAAGGGCAAGGCAGACAAGCCCUUCAAGGACAGCCUGGACCCCAGCUCCCUGCUGGGGGCGCUGAUGAGGCAGGACGAGUCUGUGUACGUGUGCCAGCCCGCCGUCGAGCCCAAGAUGUCCUUCCACAGCAGCCUGUUCAGCGAGCAGCGGGGAGAAGGAGGAGACAACGGCGGCUACAGCGGAGGCCCGCUGGACAGCGACAGCUGGAGCGCGGCGCUCGACGGAGUCCCGCGACCCAACGGGGAGCUGACCAGCUUCGACCCCCUCCUCGCCACGCUGGACUCGCUGUCCCUGGAGGGGGACGAGGGCUGCUCCAACAGCGAGCUGUUCAGCGCCCUGGAGAACCUGGGGCUCAACGCGGAGGACCUGGAGCUUCUCCUCCUGGACGAGCGGAUGAUCCGGGUGGAGAUGGAUCCCGACUACAUCCCCUCCCUCAACGACCUGCUCACCAACAACGAGAUCCUCUCCUUCAUCCACGACUCGCUGGAGAGCAGGACAGAGGAGGGGAGAGGGGACGGAUGCAGGCCUGUGCCCACCGUGGAGCCCCAGACCCUGGCUCCGGCUCCUGCCUCCAACCCCCUCCCCCAGACCAGCACCCCUGCUCCCCAAGCCCCCACACCCUCCCAGGUACCCGGCCACAACAGGCCUCCCAAGCCACCACCCAUAGUCCACCUGUCCCAGCAGAUGCAGCAGCACCUCAGCACUGCCCCGCCCGUCCAUGCUAAAUCUCCAGCCCCCUGGCCCCCGCACCCUCAGACACAGGUCCCCACGCUGACCCAGGCCCACACCCUGCCUACCAGCACGCUGACCCAGGGCCACACCCUGCCCACCAGCACACUGACCCAGGGCCACACCCUGCCCACCAGCACACUGACCCAGGGCCACACCCUGCCCACCAGCACACUGACCCAGGGCCACACCCUGCCCACCAGCACACUGAACGGGGUCCACAACGGCCACUGGGUGUCCCCUAUGGAGCUGGACGACCACUGCCCACUCCAGGAGCAGCAGACUCUGUUUAAUGAGCAGGCCUCUCUUCUGAGCCCUCCUGGCCCCCACAAAUACCCCCAGCAGUGGCCAGCUCCAGACCCCCUCCUGCUCCAGCUCCAGUCCCAGAGCCACUUCAGACAGGGGAGCAGCGCGGGGAGCUCCUCUCUCAAUGGGGAGCAAGGCAGCCACCCGUGGCAGGGAUACGGAUACCAGGACCACCUGGCGCCGAGCACCAAUGGAGUCUGCCUUCCCAACGGCCACGCGGCCCUUUCCCAAACCGCACGGACGGCGAAUUACAACAUGGCCGACGUGGCAAACGUGGAUGGCGUGGCGGUGAACGGUGGUGGAACAGUUGGGGAUGGGUGUCACUACCCGGAGGUGGGGACUACUGGCCUGUCUUACCUGCAGGGCCAUCAGAAGCAGCUCCAGCAGCUGCAGUUCCAAAGCCAGGUCCCAUCCUCCAGUUUCCCCCAGUACCCCACGCAGACGUCGGCCCUGGAGCUGGAGCAGAUCCUGGGCCUCUCCCACCAUCAGCACCUGCCCGUCCUGGAGACCUACAACAUGUUCAGCAACCCAGCUAACGGCAGCCAAGAUCUCACACGCAGCAAGAUGGUGAAUGACUGUCCUGUCAACAACACCAGCGUAGCCUACACAGGGAGCCGUCUCAGGCCCAACGGGAACAGCAGCACCCUCAGGGGCAGUCCUCCCACCUGCCCGGACCCCCUCCCCUCCCUGCCCACGCUCCCCGACCCACGGGCCACCAGCUUCUACCUCUGAGGAAGACCCCCUCGCCCUCCCCCACCUCCACCUCCACCCCAGCCCACCAGAUGGCACACGGCGAAAGUUGGCAGGGAGAUGAGAACUGAGAAACGAGAGAGGAGAGGAAAAGGAGAAGAAGAAGAAAUAAAAGAAACAAAACUGUGGACGUGACUGUGGUUGUUGUCUGUGUAACCUUAUCCGUGUCAUUUGUGGUUCUCAGUUCUUUUUAGGCUGUCGUACCAUCCGUAGACCUCACAGGAGACACCUGCUCUGUGGACACGGUACCCUUCCAGGCCCCUUCUCAAAAAUGCAUUCCCUCCUGAUAUUUGUUUAAUGUACUGUACUGUACCUGUACAGAAUACAUGGAGGGCAUGCUCAGCUCAUUAUGAACCACUGUUGUGAACCUGAACGCUUUUCUGAAUGAAAACAACACUUUUUGGAAAUACAUGAAAAGAUUGAUAAGGAUGAUGUUCAACUAUCAAACAAUGGUGAACUAGCAAAACUAGGAAUUCCCGAUAACAGCGUUUAACAGGAGUGUGAGUGUGAGACUUACCUCGCCAGAGAUUCCGCCAAUACUUCAGUGAAUUAAUUAAAGAGGGAAUGUGAAUGGUUUGAUCAAAUUGAAUCAAUACACAACGUCCAGUGUCCAUACAGGAGGUUUGAUUUCCAUAGCUUCUUUGAACUCAACGAAUAUACAAAUGGAAAAUGUUCUGUUUGUCACGUUGUUCGUCAUCUGCUAGACUAGAGGUAGAUAUAAAUAGGUUGUGUUGUCGGGCAGGGUGGCCCUCACGACGUUACUACAGCAUUUAGGUUUCCAGCUCAUAUUUUGCAAAUGAGGUGCAUCGACUGCCAUUUUGGUUUGAUAACGCCAGAUGAGGAGAUCCUCGUGGUUGAGCGUUAUCAGAUGCUGCAGUUUGGCCUGAUGAGGUUUACAGUGAUGUCACUUAUUCUUGAGUGUCAUCAGACAUUUGUUCUGCUGCUCAGUGGGAGCACUGAAACCUAACCGAAGCAUUUUCUUUUCUCCGUUUGACAUUUCAGUCCUGUAACGACAACAGUCUGUGGUACUGUGGUACAACAUAAUUCACGACUAGAGAACAGUGUGGCAACCCAUUUUGUCACAAGGUUUCUCUUGGUAAGAGCUUCUAACAAAUGCCUUCACUCUUACACAGCUCCAGGACUGAUGGUUUUGUUGUGGGAAAUGACGCUGAGAGCAAGAAGUUCAUCAUCAAGGACUCCAGUCUUGUUCAAAUGGAUUCAAACAAACCAAAAUGAGAGAGAAGCUUUCAUGAUCAAUCUCUGUAGUUUAUCAAUGGACGGUUCCAUUGUUGAAUGUGUUGUGUAUAAUGUACGAGAGUUUUAAAAGCUAUUAUUUCAUUUACAAAAGGUGCUUAAAAGUGAUUUUAUUAGGAUUGGUACUAAAGUGUAAGAUGACUUAUGACAAUAAUGUUACAACAAAUGCAUUUACAGACUUGCCUCUUUUGUUUGUGUCCUUUUUUGUAAACAGACAUUUCUUAUAUUAUAUAGAUUAUUUAAACCAGUUGUAAGAUCAAAUAUAGGCUACUGUAUGAAAAAAAAGCAAGGUGACAAUCAAACUCAAAGAACAAAAAAGCUGUUGUGUAUAUAAUAAAAUGUGAGUUUGUAUUUUAUUUUUGAUGACAGUGUUGCACACACUACUUCAAAUGCACCGCUCCUUCCAACCCCUAUUCUCUAGCACCAAGGUAGGCUUGUAGAAAGCAGUUUGGACUCGAUAUUGUCUGUAUAUUUCUCCUAUAGUGUGUUUCAUUUUCUUGUCACUGAAGCUAAAAGAACAAGGGGCCAUACAGGUACUGGUGAGACUCACUUUCCAGUCCGUAGUGUUCAGAAAUACUGUUGAUGAUUUUUUUUUUGUCACGUAAUUUGUCUAACACACUGAGAGUUAUUCUAGUUCUAAAAAAAAACAGUUGGAUCAGUUUGUCUUUGGACUGCUUGUUGAAAUGUACUCCUGGAAAUAAAGAAUUGG